AUGUCUCUGGUGCCCGCUGGCCAUGAUGGCGCCGUAGUCACCCCCUGGCUACUGUCCCUGCCCGGAGCCACCUGGAGCUGUGGUUUCGUGCGGGGCCUGGGGAUGGAGCAGCUGGAUGGGACUCCCCCGCGGGUGGGCGAGCCCGGCCAGUCCAGCGCUAGCCACCCCCUCCCCGCCCACACGCAGCCCUUCGCCCCGUUCCCAGCGGCCGAGGCCCAGGGCGGGUCCAGCGAGAAGCAGCGACCUGCUGAAGCCACUCCAGACCAACCCUGGGGGCCGUUCCCGGGCCUGCCAGUCCUGGACCACAGACCCCCGACACCCAGGAAAGACUCUUGCUCCUCUUCAUCCUCCUCCUCCCCUGGCAGCCAGGAGAAGGACCUCAAAGAAGCCCGCCCCUCUGGGCUGCCCUCUGACCCUUACUACGUCCCGCCGUGGACAGGCUCCUUCUGGCCUCCGCCAGCUCCAGGCCCCCCUCUGCCCAGUCAGACUUUACUGGGGUCCGGGGUCUUCCUGGGUGGUCCGGCUACAUCCCCCUGCAUCCUCUUCCCGGCCCCGGAGGGACUGUCCAGCUUGGGCAGCAGCGGCAGCUCCAGUGGAGCGGCCAGCGAGGAAGGUGGACACUCCAGCGACAGCGGGGAGGAGGACGUGCCACCCACCUCGGAGGAUCUGGAGCUGUUUGCCAAGGAGCUGAGGCACAAGCGCAUCACCCUGGGCCUCACCCAGGCUGAUGUGGGCAUGGCUCUGGGCACGCUGUACGGUAGGGUAUUCAGCCAGACGACCAUCUGCCGCUUUGAGGCUCUACAGCUGAGCUUCAAAAACAUGUGCAAGCUGAAACCAAUACUGCAUCGCUGGCUCAACAAAGCUGAGAGCGCUGACCACCCUCAAGAGACAUGCACCGUGGAGCGGGUGCUGGUCCCAGCCCGGAAGCGGAAACGCCGGACCAGCAUCCAGAGCAGCAUCAAGGUCAGCCUGGAGAGCCUCUUCUGCCGCUGCGGCAAGCCCAGCCCCCAACAGAUCUGUGACAUCGCUCAAGACCUGCAACUGGAUAAGGAUGUGGUCCGGGUCUGGUUCUGUAACCGGCGGCAGAAGGGCAAGCGGCUUCUGUUGCCCAUCAGUGCGGAAGGGAACAGGCCCCAGUUAGAGGGGGCUCUCGGGGCUCCCCUGGUCCUGGCCGGGGCCACCUCUUCCCAGGGCUAUGACACCCCUCUUCCCGCCCCUCCAGCCCUCUACUUACCCGCUUUCCAUAAGAAUGAGUCCUUCCCCCCAGCCCUGGCCCUGGCCUCGGCUCCUAUCCUCCCCAUGGGCCACGGGGACCACGGCAUCUGCUGAGCCCAAACCGGGGUAGGCGGGGGGUGGGAGGGUUGUCGAUGGAGGAAAGGGACAUAGAGGAGGGAGUUCUGGAGUUGGGGCAGGUGUUCCUGUGGGAAGGGUGAGCAGCAGAAUAGCCUAGUGGAUAGAGCAUGGGUCUGGGGAGAAAAAAAGGAGGGAUUACAGGGCUACUUCGAUCCCUCUCUUAGGCUCAUCCCCUGCUCCUCUGCUUUCAAUCCCACAUGGACCCCGGCACUGGCCUAGACGCCCCCCCCCCAUACCACUGCCCCUGGCCCAGAAGCCAGCCCACAGCCCCUGGUCCCCCUCCCCACCUCCGCCACCCCCGCCCCACUGACAGUUCCCCAGGUUUUCCAGCUUUUUCAGAAAUAAAGAUGUUUUUAUUUUC